CUCCUCCGUCUCUCCCUCUCUGUCUCUCUCCCCUCCAUCUCUCUCGUCCUCCGCGUUGUCUCUCCCUCUGUUCCAUCACCCCGACCGCCCCCUGAACUCCCCUUCUCUGCGCCUGUCCCUUGCUGCUUCUCCUCCUCUGUGCGUCUCUCUAUCUCGUCUCCCUGUCUCUGCGCCUCCCCGUCUGUGCUCCCUCUCCUCCCCGUCCUGCCGGGCGCUCAGAGGCCGCCCCGCGGGGCCCGCAGGCGAUGCGCGGCGCCGGUGGCCCCCGCGGCCCUCGGGGCCCCGCUAAGAUGCUGCUGCUCCUGGCGCUGGCCUGCGCCAGCCCGUUCCCGGAGGAGGCGCCGGGGCCGGGCGGGGCCGGUGGGCCCGGCGGGGUCCCCGGCGGGGCGCGGCCGCUCAACGUGGCGCUCGUGUUCUCGGGGCCCGCAUACGCGGCCGAGGCGGCGCGCCUGGGCCCCGCCGUGGCGGCCGCCGUGCGCAGCCCGGGCCUGGACGUGCGGCCCGUGGCGCUGGUGCUCAACGGCUCGGACCCGCGCAGCCUCGUGCUGCAGCUCUGCGACCUGCUGUCGGGGCUGCGCGUGCACGGCGUGGUCUUCGAGGACGACUCGCGCGCGCCCGCCGUCGCGCCCAUCCUCGACUUCCUGUCGGCGCAGACCUCGCUGCCCAUCGUGGCCGUGCACGGCGGCGCCGCGCUCGUGCUCACGCCCAAGGAGAAAGGCUCCACCUUCCUGCAGCUGGGCUCCUCCACCGAGCAACAGCUUCAGGUCAUCUUCGAGGUGCUGGAGGAGUACGACUGGACGUCCUUUGUAGCGGUGACCACGCGUGCCCCUGGCCACCGGGCCUUCCUGUCCUACAUCGAGGUGCUGACCGACGGCAGCCUGGUGGGCUGGGAGCACCGCGGGGCGCUGACGCUGGACCCUGGGGCGGGCGAGGCGGUGCUCAGUGCCCAGCUCCGCAGUGUCAGCGCGCAGAUCCGCCUGCUCUUCUGCGCCCGAGAGGAGGCCGAGCCCGUGUUCCGGGCAGCUGAGGAGGCUGGUCUCACUGGGUCUGGCUACGUCUGGUUCAUGGUGGGACCCCAGCUGGCUGGAGGCGGGGGCUCUGGGGCCCCUGGCGAGCCCCCUCUUCUGCCAGGAGGCGCCCCGCUGCCUGCCGGACUGUUUGCAGUGCGCUCGGCUGGCUGGCGGGAUGACCUGGCUCGGCGAGUGGCAGCUGGCGUGGCCGUAGUGGCCAGAGGCGCCCAGGCCCUGCUGCGUGACUAUGGUUUCCUUCCUGAGCUCGGCCACGACUGUCGCGCCCAGAACCGCACCCACCGCGGCGAGAGUCUCCAUAGGUACUUCAUGAACAUCACCUGGGAUAACCGGGAUUACUCUUUCAAUGAGGAUGGCUUCCUAGUGAACCCCUCCCUGGUGGUCAUCUCCCUCACCAGAGACAGGACGUGGGAGGUGGUGGGCAGCUGGGAGCAGCAGACGCUCCGCCUCAAGUACCCGCUGUGGUCCCGCUAUGGUCGCUUCCUGCAGCCAGUGGACGACACGCAGCACCUCACGGUGGCCACGCUGGAGGAGAGGCCGUUUGUCAUCGUGGAGCCUGCAGACCCCAUCAGUGGCACCUGCAUCCGAGACUCUGUCCCCUGCCGGAGCCAGCUCAACCGGACCCACAGCCCUCCCCCGGAUGCCCCCCGCCCGGAAAAGCGCUGCUGCAAGGGUUUCUGCAUCGACAUUCUGAAGCGGCUGGCGCAGACCAUCGGCUUCAGCUAUGACCUCUACCUGGUCACCAACGGCAAGCACGGAAAGAAGAUCGAUGGCGUCUGGAAUGGGAUGAUCGGGGAGGUGUUCUACCAGCGCGCAGACAUGGCCAUCGGCUCCCUCACCAUCAACGAGGAGCGCUCCGAGAUCGUGGACUUCUCCGUCCCCUUCGUGGAGACAGGCAUCAGCGUCAUGGUGGCGCGCAGCAACGGCACGGUGUCCCCCUCCGCUUUCCUCGAGCCCUACAGUCCUGCCGUGUGGGUGAUGAUGUUCGUCAUGUGCCUCACUGUGGUCGCCGUCACUGUUUUCAUCUUCGAGUACCUCAGUCCUGUCGGCUACAACCGCAGCCUGGCCACUGGCAAGCGCCCUGGUGGCUCAACCUUCACCAUUGGGAAAUCCAUCUGGCUGCUCUGGGCCCUGGUGUUCAAUAAUUCGGUGCCCGUGGAGAACCCCCGGGGAACCACCAGCAAAAUCAUGGUGCUGGUGUGGGCCUUCUUCGCCGUCAUCUUCCUCGCCAGCUACACAGCCAACCUGGCCGCCUUCAUGAUCCAGGAGGAGUACGUGGAUACCGUGUCCGGGCUCAGUGACCGCAAGUUCCAGAGGCCCCAGGAGCAAUACCCACCCCUGAAAUUUGGGACUGUGCCCAACGGGUCUACGGAGAAGAACAUCCGAAGCAACUAUCCCGAUAUGCACAGCUACAUGGUGCGCUACAACCAGCCCCGCGUAGAGGAAGCACUCACUCAGCUCAAGGCAGGGUCAGCGCAGACUCGGGGGCCGGGGGUGGGGGUGGGGCCGCUGGGGACCUGAGGAUGCUCAAAGAUGGCAAGGGGUCAAGGUUCAUUCAUUCAGCCCCAGAGGUCAGCCCUGGGUGGGUCAGCUUGGAGGGUGGAGGUCAUCAAGGGUGGAAGUGGACUCCUCCUCCCAGGAGCAGGGUCCCUGGGAUAUUUUCAGGGAUGCAGUAGUUCUGGAUUCUGGGGUGAGACUGCCAGGGCUCCAGUCUUCGCUCUUCCCCUUCUUGGCUUUGUGACCUUGAGCAAGUUACUAAGCCUCUCUGAACCUCUGCUU